AUGGUUGGAGUUGAAAUAAGAUGCGGAGAAGUUGAGAUGAGAAUAACGUUGAAACGGGAGUUUUUCGAAAAGAGACGCAUCCCUUUCACUAACGAACGUCUUCGCCUGGGGGAGAAGUCAACUCGGGAUUCUUGCAGAGCAGUUUUAAAAGAGGACGUCUCUAAAUCUGAAUUGGUCAUCGACGCUAGAAUACAAGAAUGUGGGACUAAGUCCAAAGUUGAUGGGGAAUGGCUCGUUUAUUUCAACAACUUGGUGCUGACUUCUGCUGUGGUCCCCAUUUCCAGAGGUAGUCCGAUAGUCAGAGGGCCAACAACCAACAUACCUAUCGAAUGCCAUUAUAAGAGAAAGCAAAGAGUAAGUGGAGAGCCUCUAACCCCGACCUGGCUGCCCCUGACCUCUACUAUCAGAGCCUUUGGCCUGCUGCACUUCUCCCUCCGCACCAUGACAGAUAAUUGGACCUCACCACGUAGUUCUUCAUUAUACCAGCAGGGGGAGCCAGUGUUUCUGGAGGCCAGUGUGGAGGCCCCUCUGCACCCUCCUCUCAGGAUCUAUGUUGAUUACUGUGUUGCUACCACGAAAUCUGACCCCCUCUCCUUGCCCAGCUACAAGUUCAUCACGAACUACGGAUGUCUUGUGGACAGUGUGGUGCCGCAGUCAUCCUCUCAGUUCUUUCCCAGGGAAGAAGACAACAGACUACGCUUCAGUCUCCAGGCCUUCCUCUUUAACCAGGAAUCUACUGACCAAACGUUUAUCAGCUGUCAUCUCAAAGCUACCCUCAAACAACAUCCAGCUGACCAGGUCAACAAGGCCUGCUACUUCCAUCGGCCUUCAUUCAGAUGGCAGACCACAGAGGGAGAUAGUGCUCUCUGCAAGUGCUGUGACUCCAAUGACUGCUUUAGAUGGAGUGGAAGAAAGACUGCCAUUAACACUGAAGACCCUCAGGAGGCAGACACAACAGUGGGGCCAUUUUAUACCUUUCCACACUCUUAUUGGGCAGGCCAUCUCUCUGUCAGUCACUGAAGAGCCCGCUCCACAUCCUAUUAGUCAACUGCAGGUGGGCACAGGACACAUUUAAUGUGGAAAAUAAAGGAGCUCAAAGUUAUUGUGGGUGUUUGCAUUAGACAGAUCCCUACAGUUCAGAUAUAGGAGGUAUUCGCUUGAAUGAUCAAGCAUUCUGGGAGGCCCUGAAAAGUGACAGA